GGAAUCCAACGGGCGGUGCCAAACCUGAUCCCAUCACGCGGACAGACCUGCAAAGAUCACCCGUCAUAGACCAUUGUAACUUAGCUAGCUAGCAUCCGCCACUGCAAGCGAAUACGGCGAGACACAGGCAGAGCAGAGACGAUAGUGCAUAAAAAAACAGAAAUGGCAGGUAUUUUGGCUUGGUUUUGGAACGAGAGGUUCUGGCUCCCUCAUAAUGUAACCUGGGCAGACUUAAAAAACACUGAUGAGGCAACCUUUCCGCAAGCCGAGGAUUUGUAUCUGGCGUUACCUUUGGCAUUUUGCAUAUUCAUGAUACGGCUGGUUUUCGAAAGGUUCAUUGCGAGGCCUUGUGCCUUGGGCCUAAAGAUACAAGCCAACGGGCCCCAAAAGGCUCAGCCCAAUGCAAUUCUGGAGAAGGUCUUCACCGCUAUUACCAAGCACCCGGACGAGAAGCGGUUAGAGGGUCUGUCCAAGCAACUGGACUGGGAUGUGCGGACCAUCCAGCGUUGGUUCCGUCAGCGUCGGAACCAGGAGAAACCCAGCACCCUGACCCGCUUCUGCGAGAGCAUGUGGCGGUUCACGUUUCACCUAUACAUAUUCACGUAUGGAGUGCGCUUCCUGAAAAAGACCUCCUGGAUUUGGAACACCAGGGAAUGCUGGUACAACUACCCUUAUCAGCCCCUGACCGUGGAUCUCCACUACUACUACAUAGUGGAGCUGUCAUUCUACCUGUCUCUACUAUUCUCCCAGUUCACUGACAUCAGACGGAAGGAUUUCCUGGUCAUGGUCAUACAUCACCUGGCAACGAUCUCCCUGAUCACCUUCUCCUACGUCAACAACAUGGCGCGAGUGGGCACUCUGGUCAUGUGCCUCCAUGAUGCAGCUGACAUUCUGCUGGAGGCUGCAAAAAUGGCCAACUACGCCAAGUGCCAAAGGCUCUGCAACUUCAUAUUUGUCAUGUUUUCCUUGGUUUUUAUAAGUUCCAGGCUGGGAGUGUAUCCUGUUUGGAUUUUGAACACAACCCUGUUUGAAAGCUGGGAAAUUGUGGGCCCUUAUCCCUCCUGGUGGGUCUUCAACUUCCUGCUGCUCCUGCUGCAGGCUCUGCACACCUUCUGGUCCUAUCUCAUCGUGAAGAUCGCCUGCAGAGCCAUCUCCAAGGGGAAGUCGGGAAAAUGGAAUCCUUUACAUGUAUCGAAAGACGAUCGGAGCGACAUCGAGUCCAGCUCUGAUGAGGAGGACGCUCCCCGCCCCGCUCAAAAGCUGCACAGCAGCGCCACCAACGGGACGAACGGGACCAAUGGAACCAACGGGUGCCUUCCUCUGGUUUCCCCCAUGCAUAAAGUCACUGGAUUACCAGUUUGUGCACAGAGCUGGCUGUUGUACAGUUCACACUUGCUGUUGAAAUAUAAUUGGUGUCUCAGAUGCCUGGACUUCUCUGCCUUUCAGACAGAUAAAUCUUUGUAUAGGUACAAAUGAAAAAUGUUGCCAUGUAUUUUGAAUAAACAUCUUCAAACCAACCAAAUGCUUCAGGACAGUGUUUAUAUUGUUUGUGAUAUCCUUACAUUCAGCCAUUUUGUUUCUGUAUUUUAUUGCAGUGGUACACUGACUUUCACUACUAAGUUAGUGCUACAAAUGGAAACCAUUUUUCACAUUGAGCAAUCAGGAAAAAAAUCUGCAUGUAUUUAAUAAGUGCAUCGGUUCAAUGACUAAUGUUGCGAUCAUUGACAAAGUGUAAUUCCUUUACUGCAGUUGAACUGCCGCCCAUGAGGUGUUUGUCUAUUGUAGUCUGGUAUUAAGUAAGUAGUUUCAUAAACACAGAUGGGUUAUGUAUCAUGAAACACUUGCUUUAAUAAAAGGCAAUAGAAAGA